AUGGACGUCACCGAGGAGGCCGCCGUGAGAUACACUAAUAUGUAUUGGCUAGAUCUUGUGAGCUCCAAAUCGGCGCGUUGCAAGGAAGAGAGGAUCUUCGAGCGUGGCCUGGUGGUCCCGCUUAAAGCGGCCGACGCCGACUCGUACAUGACGCUCGGCAUCAACGGCGCACUGGUGAGCAUGAAGGGCCGUGACUUGACAAUCGUCGACAGGAGCUGCACGUACGUCGGCCAGAUGGUCGUGUCGGGGUCGGACAUCGGCGUCUCCACGACGCUUGAUCUCGUCCAGGUCAACGCCCACGGUGAAGCAACAAAGACCAUCCGCGGCGUGCGGCCGUCCGGCCUCCGGCGCGUUAGGGCUCUCAGCCUCGGCGACUACGUGGUGUCCGGGCCGUGGCUGGGCCGGGUGGUCCAGGUGUUCCUGGACGUCGAUGUGGUGUUCGACGACGGUGCCGUCUGCAAGGUCACCGAUGCGGAGCCCAAGAAGCUACAAGCGGCGAACACGGUGGCUACUUUCCGCCUGGAGAUGAACUGCGCCUUCUACCCCGGUGACCGUGGCGACCCCUCGGCCGUCUUCAGGGAGUCACAAUGGCUAGAUGGCAACUGGAAGCCGGAGCACGAAGUGGGCUCGAUCUCCAGGGUGGAGAUAGUCAGCGUCCUUGUCUACUGGGUCGCGUCGGCGCACGGCGGCACCGAUGAGCAAGUCCUCGAGAUGUCUACGCCUUCGGCCUACCAGAAUCCUAGUGACCUGACAUUCUUCUGCUCCUCACUCGAUCUCCAGGUCAGCGUCUUUGUCUACUGGGUCGCGUCGGCGCACGGUGGCACCGAUGAGCAAGUCCUCGAGAUGUCUGCGCCUUCGGCCUACCAUAAUCCUAAUGAUCUGACAUUCUUCUGCUCCUCAUUCGAUUGCAGCUGGGGGCUGGGCGACCGCUGCUUUCUCAUUACAAAAACCGAUGAGGACGAUACUUCCGAUCAUCACCACCAGGACGAGCCAUUGCAUGCACUGCCCACCAUGACCGUCUCCAGCACUCGUACCAUCGUCGACGUGCUGUGGCAGGACGGCACACGGCAGCAUGGGGCACCGUCGAUCUCACUCAACCCCUCCGAGUGCACGGAUGAGCACGAGUUUUUCCCUGGGCAGUACGUUUUUGACAACGCUCCUAUGGAUGUCACGGCUGGUGUAGUUGGAGAUGACGACAUCGUGAGUGCCACCGACGAUGCAUCGACGCGGCGCGUCGGGGUCGUGAGAAGCCUGAAUUCCAAUGAUCACACGGUGCAGGUGUCGUGGAUCAAGGCUAACAAUGAGGCCGGCAACCUAAGCUUGGAGGUCGAGUGCGACAGUACUACCGCAAGUGCAUAUGAUCUGAGCAGGGAUCCUGAUCACUCCGUUUUCUAUGGAGACAUCGUCGUUCGUCUGCUACCAAGCGUCGCUGGAAGUACACCAGCAGUGGUAGUGCAGCAACCACAGGCCCCCGCCGAUCUUUCAUGGGUUGGACAAGUUGUUAACCUCUGUGUCGACGGCCACGUCCAAGUCAAGUGGGGUGAUGGCACCACGUCAAUGGUAUUGCCCCAUGAGAUCAGUGUUGUCAACAAGGAUAACUACACUCAACUGCAGGCUGAGAUGGAGAACUGGGCGGAGGAGGACGCCGUCGUCGAUGAUCCUCAUGAUGAAUCGGAUGCUAUCAACGUGGACAAUGAUCCAACAGAUACUACAAGUGUCGAAGGCGAUGACGGUUUUGUGGAUGAACUAGAUGGCCCUGCAGCCGUGACCAUGCAGAAUUUGGCGCAUGUAUCUGCGGGAAGCCACGAAGACCCUAACGUUGGUGGCGCUGCAACAGGGUACAACAUUGCUGAUCUCGCAGCAAGAAGCGAUGCCGGUGUCGAUGCUAGUGACGGCGACUCUGUGCAGGAUGUGGUGAAGGUCACAGAUGUCACAGGUGAUGACGAUCGUCCAUUUAACUUGCCACAUUUCGAUGUAGUGCAGAGCCCUCCGGAUGAUCACCAUUACCUUGACACCACGGACCAGGGCAGCGCUGGCAGAAAGAGAUGGGUCAAGACGGUGCAAAAAGAGUGGAAAAUACUGGAGAAUAGCUUACCAGAUGGUAUCUACGUUCGGGCAUUCGAGGGACGCAUGGACCUGCUCCGGGUGGCGAUGGUGGGUGCGAGCGGUACACCGUACCAGGACGGGCUCUUCUUUUUCGACAUGCAGCUGCCGCCGUCCUACCCAGCCGUGCCGCCGCAGGUCUACUACCACUCGUUCGGCCUACACCUCAAUCCAAACCUCUAUCCCAGCGGUACGGUGUGCCUGAGCCUGUUCAAAACCUUCGACGGCGAGGGCACAGAGGUCUGGUCGCCGGGAACAUCAAGCCUGCUCCAGGUCGUCGUCUCCCUUCAAGCACUUGUCCUCAACGACCAACCCUACUAUAACGAGGCCAGCCUUGAGGCGCUGAUCAAUACGCCGGAGGGCCACCGCAACGCGUUGCCCUACUGCGAGAACGCCUUCCUGCUCAGCCGGCGGACCAUGCUACACCUGGUGCGCCGACCGCCCCAGGGGUUCGAGGGGUUCGUGAAGGACCACUUCCGCCGUCAGGGGAGGUACGUGCUCAGGAUGUGUGAGGCAUACCUGAAAGGAUGCGUGCCUGUUGAAGAGGGGGGCAUGGAACUACCCUGCUCGGCCGGCUUCAAGAUCGCGCUUGCCAAUGUGGUGCCGAGGCUCGUGGCUGCCUUCACAAUGAAUUAA